AUGAAGUCAAUCAGGGAAGGGAUGGACGCGGCGCUUCAGAAGGCAUCACUCAAGAAAAAGAUACGACUCCGCCUCCCAAUAACUCGAGAUGUUACAAGAAUGUGCACAUACCGAUUGUUCACCGUGGAGGAGAUUGAUACACCGAUACCCGAGAAAGACACGGGCGAUUACUCCCAUGAUCCGUUUAUCGGGUGGCGGGAAUUUUACUUAUGGGAGCAAGAUAUCCCUUAUCCGGAUGGUAUUCCUGCGAAAGCACGUGAAGCCAUCAAGAGAACAAAGUCUUUCGUCAUGGGCAAUCCAAAGCUCUUGGAGGGGGAGCUUCUAAUCAGACCUGGCCUUACCUUCGGCGUCGUUGACUUCGUUUGUCCGCGGACCGCGGGUCUCUACGACAUGAAUCCACUUCGUUGGUGGGAAGGUCACAAGAUGGAAGUUCAAUUCAUCAACAAUGACUACCUAGUCCUAGAUUUGGACUCUACCAUCGCCUUUGAGAACAGGUUUGAUGACUCACGGAUACCUUGGCCGUCAACUGUCAAGCCUAUACCGCUUUUACGGAGUCUUAUGGACUGAGAAACGUGGUGAAGAGUGGGCAUGGGAUGGGGAAUAGGAAACGACCACCGUCACCUAGGGAGACAUACUUUGAGCUCAAUCAUCCAAUGGGGGCACAUUAUGUCGUACGGUAUAUAUGGC